AAAUGUCACCGUUUGGCCUAAAAAAAACCAACUAAUUAUUAUUAUUAUUACUGCAUUAAAAAAACACACACCUUCCAUGUAGGAAUAGCGACUCUAGUGCUAUAGUUCAAUUUUCUCUGUUUUUAAGAACAGAUAUAAAAUUAGCUUUUUGUCAUAGCUUAAAGUUAUAGGAUACCCUGGGUUUAGCAUCACUAAUACAGUAGUAGUGCUUAUGCUAGCAGUAGCCGUAUCCAGUUGAGGCAGAUGGCCACCCUUCUCUGAUGUCCCUUCCAGAUAAAGUGGACAACAGUAUCUACACAGUAUAUGGAAUCUAUAAUAUACAAGUUCACAGAUGAACUGAAGCCUAUCCCAGCUGACUGCAUGGUCGGAUUCUCCAGUUAAUCUAACAUGCAUGUUUUUGGGAAGGAGGAGGAGGCCCGAGGAGGCCUUCACCGUCAUCACUGUGCUGCUCUUUCACAGUUAUCUAUAUGGAAAAGAGAUUUAUGCUUGGCCUUGGACAAUAGCUGCUGUCAUGAUGGAACCAUGAGAGCCGAAGCUUGUUAACGACAAUCUCAAGAGUCCUGUAAAUAUGACAACAGACCAACAGCCUCAACAUUGAAUUCUUCUGACCACACUGACAGUUGCCAUUACCUCUGAGAUGCAGGUUAAGACCAACAGCUGACGCUCUCAGAUAAGUAUGCUUUGUAUCCAUGCAAGUGUUUGGCAAGUAGUUCAAUUCCUUCUUGAUGGGGGACUUUCUCUCUCCCACUAAACGUGUCUCUUUGCCUCUCUCUCUCCCCCCCCUGUCCUUGCUGGCAGCAGCUCUAAUACUGUUGGCAACAGUGACCAGAAUAAAAACAGCAACAACAGACAGGGAAGAGAGGAAAAGCAAAGCAAUCCAUUGAAACGGAGCUCUUGCCGUGUUUUAAUCAUAUAUCUGUCUCUCCUUUAAAAAAAAAAAAAAAAAGUUUUUUUCCCUCAUCUAUCUUCAAGACGACACGCUUUUGUUAAUUAGGUAGCUGAGAAUAAAACCAGCUCAUCUGGAGAGAGGUGGUGCAUUUGGGAGCGAGAUGGCUAACGGGAAGGUUCGGCUGCUCCUUCAUGGACUCUUCCUCGUAGCAGUGAUUCAGCCCUCUCUGCAAGGAGGGGUGUAUGUACCACCUGGUGCUGGGAUAGGCACCGGACCAGGAACUGGAUUCUAUCCAGGGUCAAGUGGAGGAGUGCCUGCCGGCUAUAAACCAGCAAAAUCAGCAGGAGGUUACGGAGGUGGAGGGCAAGGAGGCGUCCCUGGAGGUCUGGUCCCUGGAGGUGUCGGCCAGACUGGCUAUGGUCUUGGAGGACUCGGAACAGGACAAGGUGGGAAAGGCCCAAAACCAGGUUAUGGUAAUCUAGGCACUGGUGGUCUUGGAGGUGGUGGUUACGGAACUGGAGUCUUAGGUGGUGGUGGUUAUGGAGGAUACGGUGCAGGCCCAGGUGGAAUCUUCCCAGGAGCUGGACAGAAGGCGGGUAAAAGAGGUGCUGGAGGCCCACUGCUACCAUUUGGAGGGGCAGGAGCUGGAACCGGAGCUGGAACUCUGCCUGGUGGAGGCCCUGUUAUUCCCCAGACAGGUCUUCCGGGAGGCGCUGGUGCAGGAUUUGGGAAGAAAACUUCCAAAGUACCAGGUGUGGGCGUACCUGGGCUUUACCAAGGUGGACUCGUACCUGGAAAUGGCUUUGGUAGUCGUGGAGUUCUACCAGGAGUUGCUACUGGCAGCGGCCUCAGUCAAAAAUCACUUGGAGGAGGGGGGCAGGGUGGUCCAGGAGCAGGCUAUGGUGCACAGAUGCAGCCUGGAGUGUUCCAUGGAUAUCCACUCAAAUCACCAAAAACACAAGGUGGCUACGGGGCAAAACCUGGAGGUGGCAAACUUCCCUUUGGCUACGGGGGCUUUGGUAAUCAAGGGGCUGGACUCCCAGGAGGUAAAGGUGCCUCCGGGUCAAAGCCCGGGUAUCCUGUUGGAACUGGAGUGGGCACUGGGGGCAUCUCACUUGGUCAGGCUAAAUCUGCCAAAUAUGGUUUGGGUGGUGCUGGUGGUGUUGGAGCUGUUGCUGGUGGUGCUGGUGCUUAUGGUGGCACUGGUGGACUAUAUCCAGGUCAGAUUCCAGCUGGUUACAGACCAGGGGGUGUACCAGGUGGUGUACCAGGAGGUGUACCAGGAGGUGUACCAGGUGGCGUACCAGGUGGCGUACCAGGUGGCGUACCAGGUGGCGUACCAGGUGGCGUACCAGGUGGCGUACCAGGUGGCGUACCAGGUGGCGUACCAGGGUUUGGUGGAUAUCAGCCAUCAGCCAAAGCAGCUAAAUAUGGUGGGGUGCCUGGUGGUGUACCAGGUGGUGUACCAGGUGGUGUACCAGGUGGUGUACCAGGUGGUGUACCAGGUGGUGUACCAGGUGGUUUUCCAGGUGCCGUGCCUGGUGGUGUACCAGGGGGCGUGCCAGGAGCCGGUGGAUAUCUACCAUCAGCCAAAGCAGCUAAAUAUGGUGGCGUACCCGGUGGCGUACCCGGUGGCGUACCCGGUGGCGUACCCGGUGGCGUACCCGGUGGCGUACCCGGUGGCGUACCCGGUGGCGUACCCGGUGGCGUACCCGGUGGCGUACCCGGGUUUGGUGGUGUGCCUGGUGGUGUUCCGGGUGGUGUUCCAGGGGGUGUAGCAGGAGCGGGUGGAUAUCUACCAUCUGCCAAAGCAGCUAAAUAUGGUGGGGUACCAGGUGGUGUACCAGGGAGUGUGCCCGGUGGCGUUCCUGGUGGUGUACCAGGGGGUUUGCCUGGUGGUGUGUCAGGGCUUGGUGGUUAUUCACCAGCAGCCAAAGCAGCUAAAUACGGUGGAAUUCCAGGUGGUGUGCCAGGUGGUCUACCAGGUGGUGUGCCCGGUGGUGUGCCCGGUGGUGUGCCCGGUGGUGUGCCCGGUGGUGUGCCCGGUGGUGUGCCCGGUGGUGUGCCCGGUGGUGUACCAGGGUUUGGUGGUUAUUCACCAGCAGCAAAGGCAGCUAAAUAUGGUGGGGUUCCAGGUGGUGUACCGGGUGGUGUGCCGGGUGGUGUGCCCGGUGGAGUUCCCGGUGGUGUGCCCGGUGGUGUCCCAGGCUUUGGUGGUUUUUCACCAGCAGCCAAAGCAGCUAAAUAUGGUGGUGUUCCCGGUGGUGUUCCCGGUGGUGUUCCUGGUGGUGUUCCCGGUGGUGUUCCCGGUGGUGUUCCCGGUGGUGUUCCCGGUGGUGUUCCCGGUGGUGUGCCAGGAUUUGGCGGUUAUUCGCCAGCAAGCAAAGCAGCUAAAUAUGGAGGUGUACCUGGUGGCGUACCUGGCGGUGUACCUGGCGGCGUACCUGGCGGCGUACCUGGUGGCGUACCAGGUGGUGUACCUGGGGGUGUACCAGGUGGUGGAUAUCUACCAUCAGCCAAAGCAGCUAAAUAUGGAGGCAUACCAGGUGGUGUACCAGGAGGAGUGCCCGGUGGAGUACCAGGUGGUGUUCCAGGUGGUGUUCCAGGCGGAGCACCAUUUGCAGUACCAGGAGGAUAUCCAAGACCAGGGACUGGUACAUAUUCUCCAGCAGCCAAAGCAGCAAAAUAUGGAGGAGCAGGAGCAGGAUUUGGAACAGGAGGCCUAGGGGGAACAGGCGUAUUGGGAGGAGCUGGAUUAGGCGGAGUACCUGGUUUGGUGCCAGGAGGAGUUGGAGGUGGACAAUACUCUGCUGCUGCGAAAGCUGCUAAAUAUGGAGGAGCAGGAGCAGGGCUCGGAACAGGAGGGCUGGGAGGAUCAGGGAUAGGAGGUGGAGCUGGUUUAGUACCCGGAGGGGCUGUCGGUGGACAGUACCCUGCUGCCGCUGCUGCAAAAGCUGCUAAAUACGGAGGAGCAGGAGCAGGGUUUGGAACAGGAGGGCUGGGAGGAACAGGAGUAGGAGGUGGAGCUGGUUUACUGCCAGGAGGGGCUGUUGGUGGACAGUAUCCUGCUGCUGCUGCAAAAGCUGCUAAAUACGGAGGAGCAGGAGCAGGCUUUGGAACAGGAGGGCUGGGAACAGGGAUAGGAGGUGGAGCUGGUGCAGUACCAGGAGGAGUCGGAGUCGGACAAUACCCUGCUGGUGCAAAAGCUGCCAAAUAUGGAGGAGCAGGAGCAGGGUUAGGAGCAGGAGGGCUGGGAGGAACGGGAGUAGGAGGUGGAGCUGGCUUUGUACCAGCAGGAGUUGGAGGUGGACAAUACCCUGCUGGUGCAAAAGCAGCUAAAUAUGGAGGAGCAGGAGCGGGAGGGCUAGGAGGAACAGGAGUUGGAGGUGGAGCUGGUCUCGUACCGGGAGGUGUUGGACAAUACCCUGCUGGUGCAAAAGCUGCCAAAUAUGGAGGAGCAGGAGCAGGGUUAGGAGCAGGAGGGCUGGGAGGAGCAGGAGUAGGAGGUGGAGGUGGAGCUGGUGCAGUACCAGGAGGAAUCGGAGGUGGACAAUACCCUGCUGGGGCAAAAGCUGCCAAAUAUGGAGGAGCAGGAGCAGGGUUAGGAGCAGCAGGGCUGGGAGGAGCAGGAGUAGGAGGUGGAGCCGGUUUCAUACCAGGAGGAGUUGGAGGUGGACAAUAUCCUGCUGGUGCAAAAGCUGCCAAAUAUGGAGGAGCAGGAGCAGGGUUAGGAGUAGGAGGGCUGGGAGGAGCAGGAGUAGGAGGUGGAGCUGGCUUUGUACCAGGAGGAGUCGGAGGUGGACAAUACCCUGCUGGUGCAAAAGCUGCUAAAUAUGGAGGAGCAGGAGCAGGGUUUGGAACAGGAGGGUUGGGAGGAAUGGGAGUAGGAGGAGGAGCUGGUUUAGUACCAGGAGGAGUUGGAGGUGGACAAUACCCUGCUGCUGCAGCCAAAGCUGCUAAAUACGGAGGAGCAGGAGCAGGGUUUGGACCAGGAGUCUUUGGGGUAACAGGAGGACUUGGAGGAGCAGGAGUAGGAGGAGGAGCUGGUUUAUUACCAGGAGGAGUUGGAGGUGGACAAUACUCUGCUGCCGCAAAAGCUGCCAAAUAUGGAGCAGCAGGAACAGGGUUUGGUCAACAAGGACUUGGAGGAAUAGGAACAGGAGUAGGGGGAGUACCAGGUUUAGUACCAGGAGGUGGACAAUACUCUGCUGCUGCAAAAGCUGCCAAAUAUGGAGGAGCAGGAGCAGGCUUAGGAGGAGGAGGACUAGGAGGGACAGGAACAGGAGUAGGGGGAGGGCCUGGUUUGGUUGCAGGAGGAGUAGGAGGUGGACAAUAUCCUGCUGGUGCUGCUGCCUCUGCAAAAGCUGCUAAAUAUGGGGGAGGAGGCGCAGGGCUAGGAGGCGGAGGACUCGGAGGAACAGGAACAGGAGUAGGAGGACCUGGCUUGGUGCCAGGAGGACAAUAUUCUGCUGUUGCAAAAGCUGCCAAAUAUGGAGGAGCAGGAGCAGGGUUAGGAACGGGAGGGCUGGGAGGAACAGGAGUCGGAGGAGGAGCUGGUUUAGGUCCUGGAGGAGUUGGAGGUGGACAAUACCCUGCUGGUGCAAAAGCUGCCAAAUAUGGAGGAGCAGGAGCAGGAUUAGGAACAGGAGGCCUUGGGGGAACAGGAGUAGCAGUAGUUCCAGGAGGAGUCGGAGGUGGACAAUACCCUGCUGGUGCAAAAGCUGCCAAAUAUGGAGGAGCAGGAGCAGGGUUAGGAGCAGGAGGGCUGGGAGGAACGGGAGUAGGAGGUGGAGCUGGUGCAGUACCAGGAGGAGUCGGAGUUGGACAAUACCCUGCUGGUGCAAAAGCUGCUAAAUAUGGAGCUGGAGCUGGGGCUGGAGUAGCAGGAGCAGGAGGUGUAGGUCCUGGAGGCGUAGGUCCAGGAGGCGUAGGUCCAGGAGGUGUAGGACCAGGAGGAGUCGGACCAGGAGGAGUAGGACCAGGAGGAGUAGGACCAGGAGGAGUAGGACCAGGAGGAGUCGGACCAGGAGGAGUAGGACCAGGAGGAGUGGGAGGUGGUCAGUACUCUGCUGCUGCAAAAGCUGCCAAAUAUCUGCCAGGAGCAACGCCGUAUCCAGGUGGUUCUGGUGUUCCCGAUGGUUCUGCUGGUGUGCUGCCAGGUAGCACGGGUGUUCCUGUUGCUGGAAAGCCACCGAAGGUUGUUGGUCCUUCUGGAACCAGCGGUCCAGGGCCCACAGCUAUUGCCACAAAUGGCAAGGCACCAGACCUCCCACAGCCCACUGGUACAAAAGGUCAAGGUCUGCCUGCAGGCGUUGGUGUUGGUGCUUCAGGGAAAGGACCAAAACCAAUUCCACAAGGUGCUGGGACAGGUAUUGGCCCGGAUGGUUAUCCUUAUGGAGUUCCUUAUGGAGCUGGAACUGGUAUUGGAACUGGAACAGGAGCAGCGGUGCUCCCUGGUGCGAAACCCUUGAAACCUCCUGCUGUUGGUGGAGCAGGGGGCGGUGCAGGAAUCCCACUGUCAGGGGGUCAAGGUUAUCAAGGUGGUUUGCCAUACCCCUCUGCGGUUGGACUGGGUGGUGCUGGGGGAGGAGCUAAAGCACCAAAACCAGGCUAUGGGAAUCUUGGAGGUGGUGGAGGAUAUCAGCCUCAGCCAGGUGGAUAUGUCCCAGCCCCACUGACUCCUCAACAAGCCAAAGCAGCCAAAUACAACGGAAAUCCAUUGCAAGGCUUCCUUGGUGGGGCAGGAGGAGGAGCCUACAGAGGGGGCGCGGGAGCAUGCCAGGGGAAAUACUGCGGCAGGAGGAAGUAGAUGACAUCCUGGUGUGACCUGAACAAACCAUGGUGCUACUGCAUGAACUAGAAUGUACAUUUUAUACACAAACAUUCAGUGUUUUUUUUUUUUUUUUUUUUACUUACUUGACUUCUGCUCUUAUGCAAACCCACCGACCAAGAAUUAAGUUUUUUUUUUUUUUUUACAUUUAUUACCGACUGUGCCUUUACUCAUAGGUGUGUAAAAGUAAUUGGCUUAUUUCCUUUUUUUCCUUUUUGUGUUGUCUUUCCUGUGUGUUCAUGCGGCGUGCACACAUAGUGAUGCUGUUGUGCAUCGAACCCCUCUGUUGCAUUUUAAAACAAGCCAACUGAAAGCACACCCCCUCUUUGACCCGUGAAAAUGCCUUUUUUUUGUUUUGUUUUUGCGGCCAAUUUGAGUAUCGUCUCUAGCUUUCCUUCUUCCACGCUGCUAUUUUUAGCCCCAUUGGGUAUAAAGCAGUGGGAAAUGGGACUCCGGCCAGCCCAUCUGUUCUCAUUGACUUUUUGCUGAUUCUGUUUGCUGAAGCCAUCCUCAGCACUUCCAUGCUUUUUAAUGAGAUAAAUCGUGUUGCCAUUAAUAUUUUUGUCCCUUAGAUUGUUUGAUUUGCAGCCUCAGUCAUGUGUCACUUUCCCACUUCAGGACUUAUUUACAUGUAUGUGAUGUCAUUACAGGUUUAUUCACCAUGCUUUGACUCAUAUCUUAUGAAGUAUCCUUUCAUUUAUUCACUGUCAUAGAAUCAUUUUUUUAAUGAGGGCACCGACGCCUCAUUUGUUCAUUUACUUGAGCUGCUUUAGGGAAUUACAAAAAGAAGAAAAAGCUUAACUGACCAAAGGUUCAUCAUGGGUGCUGUUGCCAAGUGACCCUUUUUCUUUCUGUAAUUGUGUACUGUAUUUUGUACUAAUAUGAAGGUUGCUGGCAUAUCAUCGGUUCAUCCACUUUGAGCUGUGUGAGAACUGUCUUUGAGCCUCACUGGGUCAAGCAUGUGCCAUGGGAUACGCUUCAUCUUAUUUAAAACUAUUUCUGUAAGGAGGAAACAGUGUGGUUUUGCACUUUUUAAUUUGUUUUCAUGACACACACACACACACACAACUUGAUAUAUCCUGCCUUUGUAUUUGCUUUAACUAAAUAAAAUGUGUUCAAACAUGUCUUCCUGUUUCAUUU